AAUAUAUAAAUCUUCGAUUAACUAUAUAGAAUUCGUUUCCAUUUCAACGAUAUCGAUUUUCAUGAAUUUAAUUAUAAUUUUACGACCAAAAUAAUAACGAUUUUGAGUUACUUAUCGAAAUGCGUUCGUUAUUUAUAGUGCUGUUUUGUGCGGGUUACGUCACUUGCCGACUUUGGAGGAAGGGAGUCGUCCAUUACGCGAUAAAUAAAAAAGAUUAUGAUAUACAUUCUCAAGAUGAAAUUAUCACGACAUUAUCGCAGUUGCAGAACGAAAUCUGCGUCAAAUUCUUCUACACACCUAACAAUUAUACAGCAGAUGAGAGAGACAAGAUACUUUUUAUAAAUAACCCGGAUAAAAGGAAGAAUUGUCCGCCAAGUAUUUACAAUUUUACUGGUAGUGUUAUAGAUAUGCCUAUAGGUUAUAAAUGUAUAAACAGAAAGGAUAUAGCCAGAAUCGUUAUGGAAAUGCUAAGAGCGAGCGUCGAACAAACAGUUUCAACAAUUAACAGUUACGAUUUGGUAAAGAAAUUCCAAGAACGUGAUGCGGAUCCGACACAUCCAACACUCCUCUCGCCGCCAGAUAGGAACUAUAUAAACGCACAUUACCACGUCGAGUGCGGGGCUCAAGCGCAACGCUCAGUCGCGUCAAGACGACUUGGGGAUACUUCCGACCCUUUACAACUCACUGCUGAUAAUAUGGCGUAUUAUAAAGAUAAAAUAUGGCCAUUGGGUAUAGUUAUGUACGGUGUUGAUGAGAAAUUACGCACAAAAUCAGAUUAUAGUCUUCUUAAAUACGCAAUGACGACUAUCGAACUGGGCAGUUGUGUUGUAUUUCAAGAGAUUGACACUAACGAUGGAGUUUUAACACCUAAGAAUUUUCUCUGGUAUAGUAAUGAUGGGGAGGAUGUCCCACUACUUGGGUUUAGAGAAGGAAAACAGAGUAUAAAUCUAGAAACUAUGGUGCACGGAGCUCCGGGCCAUGCAGCUCACGUGUUGGUUAACCUUAUGAGGGCUUUAGGGGUUCCUAUGAUGUCAAAUAGGUUUGAUAGAGAUAAUUACGUCACUAUAGAUUGGAGGAAAAUACAAAAAGGUAAAGAACACCAUUUUGAGCGCGCCCCCGUAUCAGCGUGGAUCGCGACUCCUUACGACUUUGAGAGCGUGACACACGCGCCUGCCAACUACAUGUGCGGUGACUGUGAUCUCGGCGGCCAAAGUGUUAAGCCACUACAGGAUCAUCUCUGGCAAAGGACAUUGUCUAUGGGCCACGCAAACCAAAUGUCAAACUCUGACAGCAAACUUCUAGAUUUACUGUACAGAGACCAAUGCAGAGAGAGAAUGGUGUCAGAUAAUUUUGAGGUUAUGAAGAAGACAGCUGACAGUUAAUACUUCGGUAAAUUCAUUGGCAAAUUAAAUAUUAAUAGUUUUGUUUUUUUAUACCCUCCCCC